UGCACAAGCACAGCCCCACCCACACACACAUUGGGCAGUUAUGGAAUUUCUCUUCCUCUUUUAACGAUUGAUUCAUGCAUUUUGCUGGUAAUUCUAGUUAUUCAAAUUUCUUAAUUGCCCGUCCCACACAUUAUAUAAACCUGGAAGAGGCUCCAUGCGUCAAUGUUGUGCUGAAUAGGAUCUCCUCCGGUCUGCUGAACUGCUGUGAUAUCUGACCUAAGGACAAGAUGAUGAACCAUGUUCUGUUUGCUACCAUGCUCACUGCCGGGCUGGUUGCUAUGGGCGGGGCGAUGGUCUGUAACUACUGCGGACUGAGCCUGGAAGAGGACUGCCUUGGGAACUCAACCCAGACCAUGACCUGCAGGGCCAAUCAGAGCUGCUACAUACAAACUCUGAAUUUGACCAGUUCUGUUUACAGAACUAAAGGCUGCGUGGACAACAGCCAGUGCGAUAGGAUGGAACUCCUGACGGGUUUCAACGCCACUGUUAGAUUGAGCACCGAAUGCUGCACGACAGACCAAUGUAAUGGAGCCACCUCCCUUGAUGUUGGGCUGCCAGCCGUGAUCAUCGCCGCCCUGGUGGCAGUGUGGAGCAGCUAAAAGCAGUAGAACAAGAAGCUGCAUCGCUGGGAGAGUCAUGAAACGAGAUUGACUCCAUUUUCUGAUUGGUAAAUGAAUGUUAAUGCUCUGUUUUAUUGCAUCUAUCAAUGCUAAGGCAAAUUGUAGCCCAUUGUUGGCUUCGGGAUCAUGUGGUUUUCUUAAAUCUUAAAAAAUCUUUAAAAUCUUGCUUUUAUGUCUGAAGGAAAGACGAUUUUCAUAUAAAACAGAUAUAUAUAUUAAUGUUUCAUUCACCAUCUUUAUUUGUGUUCAUAUUUGUAUCUUUGGUGUCGUUCUGCAUGCAAAAGGUACUUAUUUUUGCUCCCUUAAAAAAAUCAAACAAUAAAGAGAAAUUCUAAAA